AGCCGCAUUCCCCGCCGGCUCUCCCCGUGGCCAGAAAAGACAGCUCGCGGAGGCAUGGCGGCGGCCAACCCUUGGGUCCCGGAGACCGCCCAAACUGCCGCGGGGCUUCUAUUGGCCGAAUGCUUAGAUUCGGGACUCGUCACACAGGAGAUGUUAGAUUCAUGUAAGAAUCCUGCUCCAUUUUUUAUAAACUUCUCCAGAAUCAAGCAGAUUAAAGAUUUGAAAGCUGAAAUCAGACAGAAGACUUUGGAACUUGACCUCUUAACAUUAGAAAAGGAUACUGCAGAUGUUGUUCAUCCUUUCUUUCUAGGGAUGAGAAAGUACCAGCAUUGUUUACCUCCUUCCAAGGAGUUUUGUGUGCAUUGGAUGAGACAGUAUGUGGUACAGUUGCUGGAUCUGGCAGUGAAUUUCAUUGAAAAACUAGAAGCCCAUGUUGAGACCAUAAGAAACAUUCCUUGUUUAGACUCUAGUGUAAAAAAUAUGGAUAGGGCUUUGACAAGAAUGACUGUCUUGGAGGGAGAAACAGAGCAACUGAUAGAAAACAUAUUGAAGUGGAGAGAGCAACAAAAGGAAAUUUCUUCUUCUAUCACCAAAUUGAUUUCUGAAGAUCUCUUCAAAAAAAGCACAAGACUGUAACCACUCUUCCACCUUUCAGACCCCAAAUCAGAGCCAUCUGACUCUUGAUACCAAACGAUGGACAGUUUUAUUUCAUUUUACCUAUGUGUGAGGCUGAUAUCCAUUCAUAACAAAAGAAUUUAUAGGCUUUCUUGCUAAUUCUACUCACAAAACCCCAUUUUUUAGUUUUAUUUGAGUCAAUUGUGACCAAAACUGAUUUUACCUCCUUUUUUCCCCAUAUAAACGGAUUGAUAUAUUUAAUAUGAAGGAUAAUGCAUUUGAUCUGCGCAGACUGCAUAUGGACAUGGCAAGAAACCAGUUGCCUAAAUAUAUUUCUAAUAGUUACCUUACAACAGACCAUCCAAACUAGGGGAAAUCUUUACAAGCAGAAAGCUCUGGCAUUAGGAAAGCUAGUUGAAUUUGACAUUGCUUCUACUGACUAGGUUGAGAGUUAUCUCUGAAUGGUAGUCAUGGAGAAAGAAAAGAACUAAGAACAAGUGAUUUGAAGAAAAAUGGGACAAGAAAGAUGCAGAUGGUAGGAAUUGACACCAAUAAUUGCUUCAGACACAUCUGAUCCUACUGGUGCCAUAAAUAUCCUCUCCAAUUUUUGUUUUUUAUUAAAUAGAAAGUAAUCAGCAUUUCUGCAGUUCUGAUAUCUGCCUUCAUACCUCAGCACUCACUCACCCACAUAGUCAGAAGAUUCAGUUUAUAAUGCUGACUUACGUAGGUGUUAAAAAAAAGCAUCUCCUUGUAGCAGAUGACUUUACUACACCAUGUAAAGUAUGAAGUCUUUAACAAUUGAACCCAAUCACUCUUUUUGAAAGCCAUUUUCCUGGUAAAUUGAUGUGUAUUUCCAUGUUGAGAUCUAAUGGAUUUGAUCAUAAUUAUCCCUAUUUGUUACUUGGCUUAAAACAAAACCAAUUAUUUCCAAAAGUAUUCUAACAUUAGUCUUUGUCUCUAAAACAUCAUACUGUCAGGAUUUUUUCCUCAUGUGAUUGAAAUAAAUUGUGUUAGCUGAUUUUGAUUUCUUUUCAUUUCCAUAUCUCUGUUCAAUUGUUUUUAAAUUUUUUUAUUAUUGUAAGUUUAGUAAAAUCAACCAACAUAAACAUUUUUCUAUACAAAGAACAGGAAAAAAGAGAACUACAUGUAAAACUGUAUAUCUCUAUUCUGCCAGGUAAUUGUGAGCUCUAUUCCAUUAGAUUGUCAUCUAUGGCAGGGUCUUUUUUUUGCCUUCCUUUAAAUCCUCAGAGCUUAGCACAGAACCUGGCAUACAACAAGUGCCUAAUAAAUGCUUC